AUGAAUAAUGAAUAUGAGGCAUUAGAAAUAAUAGGUAAAGGAUCAUAUGGAACUGUACGUAAAGUUCGUAAUAAACAAACAAAUUUAAUAUUAGUUAGAAAAGAAAUUGAAUAUAAAUCAAUGAAUAUUCAAGAAAGAAAUCAAAUAAUAUCAGAAUUAAGAAUCCUUAAAAAUUUAAAUCAUAAAAAUAUAGUUAGAUAUUAUGGUCAUGAUCAUUUACCACAUCAAAAAGUUAUUCAUAUAUAUAUGGAAUAUUGUUCUGGUGGAGAUUUAUCUCAAUAUAUAAGAGAUUUUAAACAAAAUAAUGAUAAUGUACCUGAAGACUUUAUAUGGCAAGUUUUAAUACAUACAUUAUCUGCAUUAUAUAGAUGUCAUUAUGGAUCAGAUAUUUCAAAAGUUAAUUUUAAUGAUAAUCAUUCUACAACUCCAAAACCUAAAAUAAAUUCAGAUUCAAUUAUUAUACAUAGAGAUAUAAAACCUGAUAAUAUUUUUGUUGAAAAUGAUUUAAUUAAAUUAGGUGAUUUUGGAUUAGCUAAAAUGUUAACUACAUCAAAUGAUUUUGCAAAAACUUAUGUCGGAACUCCUUAUUAUAUGUCACCUGAAGUAUUAAUGGAUGAACCAUAUCUGCCAGUAUGUGAUAUAUGGUCAUUGGGGUGUGUAUUAUUUGAAUUAUGUAAUUCACAACCACCAUUCCAAGCUAAAACUCAUUUACAAUUACAAGCUAAAAUUAAACGAGGUUCAAUACCUCAUAUUAAUGAAAUUUAUUCAUCACAAUUAAGAUCUAUUAUAAAAGAUUGUAUAACUGUUGAUCCAAAUGAAAGACCUACUUGUUAUGAUUUAAUGAAUUCAUUAAGUGUUAAAUUUUUAAGAAAAGAAAUGGAAUUAAAUGAUACUAAUACCUCCCUAACAAAUUUUAAAAAUGAAUUAAUUGCCAAAACUGAUGAAUUAAAAAGAAAAGAAAAUUUACUAAAUAUAAGAGAUAAGAACCUCAAAGAAAAAGAACAAAAACUAGCAGAUAGAGAAGAUCAUCUACUAGAAAAAGAACAGAAAUUACACGAAUUAGAAUCCAAAAUUCGAUUAAAAGAAAAUCAAUUUAAAAAUUUAGAAAAUACCCUAAUAGAAGAAUUCAACCUUAAAAAGCAAGCACUCGAUUUAGAAUCAAAAGAAAUUCGAUUAUUUUAUCAAACUGAAUUUUGGUCAAUAGUCGAUAAGGAAGUUAAUGAUAGAUUAAAAGCAAGACCUAAAGGUCCUCAAACAUUAGAUGAUUUAAAAAUCCUAAAGAAUAAAAAUUUAAAUACAACGACCACUACCCCAACUAAUUUAGUUUCUGAGUUUGGAAAAUUUAGAGUUACUGAUGAAUAUGAAAGACAAAGAAAUAUGGAAGUACGUAAAUAUCGCAUAAAUUAA